GCAAACUGCAACUAGAGCGUAUCUUAAGCAAGUAAACCCGUUAAUCCGCGAGAUUUCUUGGUUUGUUUAAGGUCAGGUCAUUCGAUUACCGCGAUCAGAUUAGCGUAGUGAGACUGAGAUCGAUUCAUCUCAGUAACAUCAUAAUUCAAUAACAGACUAAAGAGUCUCGCUGCUGCAGAGCUGGCUGCCGUUAAGAUACGUUUAUCAUGACGAUUCAUUUUCUCUUUUUCGUUGAGAUUACAAUACGUAAUCAAUAGACACAGAGGGAGAGAGAGAGAGAGAACGAACAGACAAAAAAGAAAUCCCCAGCCAGGAUCCUUUAAAUGUUUUGUGUGCUUCGAGACGUGAACACAUGAAGUGGCGGGACAGAACUCGCGACAUCGACAGAAACAGACGCGCUUGUAUGCACGUGCGGAACAUGCUGCAUCCGCUUUCACUGUAACACGUGGCCCGGGAGUUGACGAUAAGUAAGAGAGGAAAGAUUUAGAUACUUUUGUCAUCAAUAGCUAACGCGUCUGACCGAGUAAACACAGCGAGUAGACUUGUGUUAUGUAAAUUGCAACCGCAUGAGAAAUAACGCUGAAACGGGUGUAAUUUUUUUAUGUUAUUUAUUCACAAAAAAGGCUAGGUCAUGCUGUGUGAAUUUUGAGGACUUUAUCGUGUUUGAAUAUCUUGACUGACUCGAUUCACUGGUUGCACAGUGCAUAAAACUCUUGGAAUGGAAAACUCACUAAAUCCUUUGAUACGGAACACAGUUACAGCGGAAAAUAAUUUGUGUGGUUCGAAAAAUGUUAGGUUAAAUCAUUGCCGUUUGGAUUAAAUGUUUACAAUUUUAUUUAACCAAGGUUUGGUGAGGAGGAAAGCCAAACUUUUAAACUAGCAGAUCGUUACAACAUGAAGUUUCCGGACUUUACCUAAAAUGAUAACACCUAAAAUGACCAAUUUCUUGGCUGAAAUUUGCAUCUAAUGAAUAGUUAGUGACUGGCUACUACACCGGGCUUGGGGAAAGCUUUGGUAGAUAUAUGUGAUAACGAACCAUUACUGUCAACUCGUGCUCUACUCUUAGAUACCGUUCUUGAUAGUGGUGUAUUGGUCCGCGGGUGGUAUGCAGCAACGAUUCAAAUGGCUAUUUAUCGCAUUCAUAUGGAUUUUACACGAACAAGAAACGUUUAUAAACGGUUUGCCUGUAAAUGGGACAUUUUCAUCUAGUAUUUCAACAAACAAUGAGACCGAUUCCUUAAACACUACCCGAAACACACAGAAAACCAAUUCCGAAAACUCUCAAAACAAAACCGGCCUGCUCGAUUCAUUUCUUAUAAAUACCUGGCACCAACCUAAAAACAACCAAAAUUCCCCCUAUGUGAACUUAGUGUUGCUGCCUGUUGCUGCGUUGGUUUGCUUCCUUGUUAUGAUAUCGCUGCGGUGUUGCACGUGGCAAAGAGAGGACCAAAAGUUCAAAGACCGUGGCUGUAGCUAUGAUGUCACUAAUUACAUCAUACUAAGUCAAAAUGACGCCGAUUACAGUGAUGUUGACAUGAGAUCUGACAAUCUGUCCAAUUAUGACACUGUGAAUUCUUAUAUCUCAGGGGUCCCGAAAAGCCCAUGGCGAGCCCACUCGGCAAUGCCUUCAUUCGUUUCUCUUCAAAGUCGCAUCGAUUCUCAAAUGUACGAUACUGUGACGUCAUAUCGAUCCUACCUGCAGAGUCCCCAGGGUAGAAAGACGUUCAACUUUGAUAAGAGGGACAUUGUCGAAAACGAUAAAUUAGUUAAUGGUCGACAAACUCCACAAAGACCGCGAAAAAUUCCAGGAACGCGAUUUUCAAUAGUGCCUGCCCUCGACAACUACAUACGUUUGAAAAGUUUAAACAAAUCUCCGUCUCAGCCUGAAUCUCCGAAACUAAUGAGAACAGCAUCCCAAUCCCCGGACACUCUGUCAUCCAACGGGUCGGAGACGGGUGCGAUACCGCGCAGGAAUAAAAAGAGUAGAGUGUCGUUCACAGAGAAAAAUAAACACUUUGAACCGAGCAGACGACCACGAGCGUGCAAAAUGGUCGACGCACAAACUCAGGUAGAUGUAGAUUUUCGUCGUAACAAAAGAGCCAAUUCUCAGAAAUCGAACAUUUCAAGAGGUAAAUCUAAGAAUGGAGAGAACGUUGACUCUUUUGAUAUCAAAAAUGACGAAAAUGCAGAAAAAAGUCAGGGAAAUAUCUCACAAGGCCUAAACAAUGAAGUUAGCCCUCGGGUACACAGAAACAAGCUGGUAAGAGUAGAUGUAGAAGUUUACAAAGCAUCAAAACCUCAAACAAAACAGGGACUUAGCGGAUCAAAUAAUGACCAUUCUUUGAAAGAGAAAGAAAAUUCUGGGAACUGUCGUGUAAUCUCUCAGAGCGAUGGAAACACUGAUGUAAGAGAGGUCUCGGAGGGAAUUCAGAUUGAUUUUGAUAGCGAAACUGAAAUUGAUUCAGCAUCGCAAACAAAUGAAUGUCCUGAGAUUAAGAUAAACAUCAUCGCCAACCCGUGUGAUGACAUCUCCCUCCCCGAGGAGCAGUCCCCUCCCCCCGUUAUGUCGUCACUCCUGUGUUGUCCUAGCAUUCCGCCCAAAACAAAAUCCGAAACAGACUUGUUUAAAAACAACAAUAACAACAACUCAACAGAGAACCUCUGUAGGAGGAAAAGCUGCGAUCUCAUCCAAAAGUCGCUAGGCAAAAACGCCAAAAUCUCCCCCAUUGGGGUUCAUCGGACAAAGUGUUUCUGUGAUAAUAAUAGAAAGUUUUCACUUGGUGCCAUAUCACAAGAGUCAUCUUCCAUAUUUAAGUCGAAGAACAUCGGGAAUUCGUUGUCUUCUCUUAAGGACGUGUUAAAUUUGAGGAGAAAGAAUUGUGGACAGGAUGGUAAUUGACCUCAAAAGUCCGAUACCCACAGAGCAUGGAAACCAUUUGAAUGUUUCCAGGAAGUGUUUGACAUAAUUUUGCAAAUUACAGCACGCUUUAUUCUGAUUCAAGAAAAAUAACUUCACCCAUAUUUCAGGCCUGUGUACUUUAAGUGUUUGAUAACGCCCAUUUUCGUAUUAAUUUAUUACCUGAAAACACAGCACUAUAUGAAGAUAGCAUAAAAUCUCGGACGAUAAAAGUAAGGCCUAUUGCUUGAUUAUUGUGUAUGUACUUGCAUUGUUCUUGUACCUACAUUAACUGCAACAUUCUACAGCAGCGAGCCCUGGGGCGGCCUGUGCACGAUACAGAUAUACAUAAAAGUACUCGUUAGAAUCUUAAUCCCCGCAGACAGAUCAAUUUAUAGAAAACACAAUACAUAUAUUUUCUCCUGUGAAUGUCAAACUAUAACCAGGUUGUUGGCAGACGAUUUUAAUUUCAACCCGCACAUCAACAAGUCAUUGUGGAUCUGUGACCGACUUUUGCUGCCAUGUUGAUUUCAGAAGGUGUCAUUAACCAUUGACUGUUAACUCCAGUCCUACACUCGUUUUAUGUUCUCAAAUGUACAGACGACUUCCUGCCGCUGUCCUUUCUUCUUGUUUUUACUCAGUGUUUUGAAAUCGAAAAAAAUUUCUCAAAUAUUUGAACUAGUUUACAUAGCUGGAGCAUGUAAGACAUUUUGUUUGGGCAAUCAAGCUUCCAUUUUCAAAAAAAAGUAAAAUCCCGUUUCUCUCUAAAAAUAAGGUGUGUCGAGGGACUGAAAUAGAAACACUAGGAGAAAAACAUCAAAGCCGUGCAUAUGGUACAUCGGCAAUGGUGCACAAAAUAUAGCAAUGCUCUGGAAGUCAACGCUAACAAUCAUAAAUAUAUAUCUCUGGGAUUAUUUUGGUGAAAACUCGGAAGUGGUUCAAGUUGAUUCGCAUUGAGAUCUGAAGUACAUGUACACAAAAACUGUUGGGAUUAGUUCUUAUACACCCCCUCGUUCCUUGUUGGCAAUAACAAUGAAAUAGCAACAUUAUGAGAAAACCUCUUUGUGGCUUUAAACUAACAACAAUCCGCAAUUUAUAUCAAUUUUUGUUUGUAUGAUGUAUUAUUCUUACUGGCUAGAACGAAUACAAAGACAAGUUAUAAAUGUUUUGGAGACAUUCGAUGCUUUUUAGGCCGUUUCUCAGUCUCUGAAGAAUACGGAUAAAUUGACUGUCUAGAAUUGUACAGAAUUUUAUUCCUGCAUUUGCAUGACUGAGCACAAAACUUGAUGUUAUGAUAAUUGGUUGUUUAUUCAAAGAAUAGUAGACUGUUAUUGCAUUUUGUGGUUUGGGUAUUUUUUUUAAUCUAACUUGGAUUGUGAUAAAGUAAGCGUUGUUUACAUCUGGGCUCACUGCGUGGCCCCAGUUUAUACCAGUAAAAUUGUUUAUAACCUUGUGCAUAGUUGAUGCAAACACUGGUUCAAAAAUAUGAUGAUUUCUGUGGACAAAUUGAUUCGAAAUUGAUCAACGUUCAUCUACAGUAUUGGUCGUCACAAGGGGGACACCAAGGUCGUCACAAGCCAGAAGAAGGUUUUGUUUUACUGUUCAACGUUUUUCUUUAAAAUAUAUCUGCCUUAUUUUUAAAGGUAUUGGCCAAUUUUGUGUUCAUAUUUAAUACUUUUAAAGAAAAUUACAAAAGAUAUUUUUCAUGUUGGGUUUGAGAGAAACCCAGAGAGAGCAAGAGAUUUUCUUGGAGAAGAGAGGUGUGUUUAUCCUGACAUUUGUACGUCUUAUGAUUUAUCAAAACUGUGUGAUACAUUUUGCAAUUUUGUUGACCUACUGAAUAAAUUAUUUUUAUAAAAUUUGC